AUGGCAAACUUGAAUGGGUUUGCAAUCGCGGGGGAAGUUAUUGAGAAAUUGAGUGGAUUGACCUAUGAAGAAUAUCUUGAGGACCGAAUACUCAACCCCCUUAACCUCCAUCACACAUAUACGAAAAGCUACUCGCCUACAGCGGAAAAAUUUGCCAAACCAUAUGCAGCAUUGGACGAUACAUCUCUCUAUCCCUUGGAUCCUCCAACGAUAGAGGACGGUAAAAUUAUGGUCUCCGUACAAGGCGUCCAGAGCUCUGUCGAUGACUUGCUGACUUUCUCCUACUCUCUGAUAGAGGCGCGCAAAGGGGAGCCAUCACCGCUGGAAAAUGUCGCCAAGCAAUUCUCCGGUCAUAUUUUUCGAUCCGACUCAUCCUUAGAUAAGUCCUAUGGUCUGGGCCUGAUGCGCAAUCUCCUACCAGGUACUAUUGGCGGGGGCUGCAACGCAAUGUUUGCGAAAUUGCCUACCAUUACUCCCAGCGGCGACUCUCGACUAGUGGUGUCCCAUGGUGGAAGUCAAGCUGGCUAUACGUCAUUUGUCACAAUGCUCCCUGAUGCAGAUGUCAGUUUCGUGGUUCUGGUCAACUCCGUCGGUCUUUCAGACCCAGCUGGCUGGGUCAACGAGCUACUCCUUGAGACCAUUCUUGAUAGUCCAGACCCUAGCGAUUUCGUACAGCUUGCUAAAGAUGCUGUUAAGAAUCACAUUUCCAAAUUUCCAGCGAUGGAGAAAGAUUUGGAGGAAAGUCGCGUAUCAAACAGGCCGUCAAAGCCUUUGAAGUCUUACGUUGGCAAAUUCUGGAUCUAUGAACAUGACUUUCUGGUCGAGAUCAGGCUCAAAGAUCCACAGAUCCUCCAAGUCGACUUCCAAGGGUUGGAUUCCCAGCUCUGGGAAAUGAGGCACUAUCAGGAUGACACAUUUUUGUGGCUAACAUCAAGAGAUGAACAAGCUAAACGUGGGAGAUUCACAUACUCUCCGUCAAGUGUUUACAAAAUCAUAUUUAGUGUGAAUGGAGAGGGUUCUAUUACUGGCCUAUCAUGGCCACAUGAUCCAGGUCUCUCUGUGGAGGAGCAGUGGUUCGAAAGGGGUGAAUUUCGGCAAAACGACGCAGAAACAAAGCUUGGCAAGCAACGGUAA